AUGAAUCACGGCCAACAAGAUAUGUACUACUCGUCACAUAUCUCGGCCGGGCAACCGCCACCCCCGCAAACUGUCACGUCUGGUGGGAUGAGCCAUUAUCCACAGCACCAGCAACCGCCUCUGCUACAACCAGGGCCUGCUCAAUACUCCACCGCGCCAGGGCCCUAUAACCAAUAUGGAUAUUCCAACGGGCUGACAUCGCCUCCAGCGGCGGGCCACCCGGUGCCAGGUUCAAUGGGCCAGGGAAACAACGUCUUGCCAUUGCCCGCUAUGUCUGCUGCUCAGCCAGGCAUGCCGGGUCAGGGUUAUGGAGCACAGCAAGGUUUCGACACGACCGGCCAAGUAGCGCCUCCGGGCAUGAAGCCGAGAGUCACGGCGACUUUGUGGGAAGAUGAGGGUAGCUUGUGUUUUCAGGUCGAGGCUAAAGGGGUUUGUGUGGCUCGACGCGAGGACAAUCACAUGAUCAAUGGCACGAAGCUUUUGAAUGUGGCAGGAAUGACUCGAGGUCGAAGAGAUGGCAUACUCAAGAGCGAAAAGCUGAGGCAUGUCGUUAAGAUUGGCCCAAUGCACCUCAAGGGAGUCUGGAUCCCAUUCGAGCGGGCAUUGGAUUUUGCGAACAAGGAGAAAAUAACAGAGUUGCUAUAUCCUCUGUUUGUUCACAACAUUGGUGCGCUUUUGUAUCACCCGACGAAUCAAACUCGAACAAAUGCGGUUAUGGCAGCCGCAGAGCGUCGAAAACAAGAGCAGAACCAAUUGCGCAAUUCCCAGGCCCCAGGUUUGCCAUCUUUACAUCAACACCACCACCAUUCAAUGAAUAGUUCAAUUGGAAACCAGCUUCCAGGUCCGCAGCACUCACUUGCACCACAUCCCAGCAAUGUGGGCCGACCGGGCAUGGACCGGGCACAUACAUUUCCAACUCCCCCAACAAGCGCGUCGAGUGUAAUGGGGAAUAUGGGCAGCUCGGAUGGAAAUUUCCAAUGGGGGUCUCAAGGUGGGAUGAGCGGCCAAGGUGCAAAUCCCUUGUCGAUCGAUACUGGCUUAAGCAACGCACGGUCAAUGCCCACAACUCCUGCGACGACCCCUCCGGGCACCUCAAUUCAGAGUAUGCAGCAGUAUCAACAAAGCGCACAACCGUAUGAUGCUUCCCGACCAGUGUACUCAGCUCCCCCUCCACAACAACCUGCUUACCCCCAACCGACGAAUGGCCAGCAAAACAUGUCCCGCUACCCUCAGUCAAAUCCUUACAUCAAGAAUGAGAUGGGGCCGCCAUUAGCAAGAGCCCCAGGUUCGGAAUCAGAGCACCACGAAAGCAAAGAUUCCAACGGGAUGCUUCACAACCAGCUACAGGGGCAGGUUGGGCAUGUCCAGGGUGAAGAGGAGGCAGAGCACGAACAUGAUGCCGAGUACACUCAUGACAAUUCCUCCAACUACGACGCAACGCGUGCUUCGUACAACUACGCGAAUGGGCCAGCAGUCGGCUCGUUACCGGGAGAGCAUGCCCAUCUGUCUCCGGAAAUGACCGGUUCUCCUAAUAAUCCAGCGUCGGGGCGGGCCACGCCAAGAACGGCGGCUGCACCACAGCCAUACUAUGCUCAACAGCAAGGUGGUUAUAGUACUCCCCCACGUGUUCCGCAACCACCAUCCAGUAAUCUCUAUAAUGUAAUGAGUAGUGAGCGUGGGACCGCAAACGGGAACUCGUCCGGGGACGUGUACGGCUCGCAAUCGGAUCUCGGAAACCCGAUACCGAAUGGCUAUGCUGCCCAACAGCCUGUCAUGAACGGAGCUCCCACGAGCAACAAACGCGGACGCGACGACGAUGAUGAUGCUCGCCCUUCAAGUCGGGGUCCCGGAGGCGAUGUUGAUGGCCUGAAAAGGCGCAAGACGAUCCGUGAAGGAUCAGUAUCGGGGCCCACUUACGAUGCUGGCUUGAACCGCGCACGAUCUGCGGUGACCCAACGACGCCGAUAA